AUGAGUCGUAGAUUUAUAGGACCGUAUGAAAUUAUUGAGAGAGUGGGACCAGUUGCUUAUCGUCUAGCUCUACCACCAGAAUUGCAAAAGAUUAAUGACGUAUUUGAUGUGUCAAUGCUCAGACGAGACCGUUCUGACUCAUAUCAUGUGAUUUUGGUAGAAGAAAUUGAAGUUAAACAUGAUUUGACUUAUGAGGAAGAACCGGUGAAAAUCUUAUCUCAAGAAGUGAACGAGCUAAGAAAUAGGCGUGUACCACUGGUGAAAGUUCUAUGGCGUAAUCAUAAUAUAGGAAAAGCGACCUGGAAACUAGAGGAAACAAUGAAAUCCCAAUACCCUUAUCUUUUUCCAGCUAUUGACAAUCCGGUUUCUUCAAAAGCGAAGGAAAAAGCUAAAGUCACCGACGAGUAG